UCACUUGUCACUGCCUCUCUCCAAUGAUCAUGGAGAUCAGUUGGGAGCAAAGUGUCACCUAUUCUAUCAACACCAUUUACCUUCUAUUUUCUGCUUACUUAGUCUUCGUCAUGCAGCUUGGCUUUGCCAUGCUCUGUGCUGGUUCAGUCCGUGCCAAGAAUGCCAUGAACAUUAUGCUCACUAAUGUUGUAGAUGCCGUCGUCGGUAGCAUCUCUUACUAUCUCUUCGGCUUUGCUUUCGCAUUCGGAGACAACUCCAACCCUUUUAUUGGCACCAACUUCUUUGCCCUUAAAGAUGUUCCUAAUACUUCAUUUGACUACUCUUUCUUUCUUUACCAAUGGGCUUUCGCCAUUGCAGUUGCAGGGAUUACCAGUGGGUCAAUAGCUGAGAGAACCCAAUUUAGUGCUUACUUAGUUUUCUCAUUUUUCCUUAGUGGGUUCGUUUACCCUAUUGUGGCUCAUUGGGUUUGGUCAUCAAGUGGGUGGCUCAGUGCUAGUUUAAGCAAUCCACUGUUUGCUUCUGGUGCUAUUGAUUUUGCAGGGAGUGGCGUGGUGCAUUUGGUUGGUGCAGUUGCUGGGUUUUGGGGUUCAUUAAUUGAAGGUCCAAGAGUGGGUCGGUUCGAUGCUUUUGGCAAGCCUAUUCAGAUGCGUGGCCAUAAUGCAACGCUAGUGGUUCUCGGAACGUUCUUGUUGUGGUUCGGUUGGUUCGGGUUCAAUCCAGGCUCAUUCGAUAAGAUUCUCGUGGCCUAUCCAAGUACAACGAAUCAAGGUAAUUGGACCGCCAUUGGUCGGACAGCGGUCACAACAACAUUAGCCGGAUCGAUGGCUGGAAUUGUAACGUUGUUCAGUCGAAGACUACUAGUGGGCCAUUGGGAUGCACUCGAUGUGUGCAACGGAGUGUUAGGCGGGUUCGUCGCGAUAACAUCAGGCUGUGCAGUUGUUGAGCCGUGGGCUGCUAUCGUUUGCGGUUUUAUCGCAGCUUGGGUCUUGAUUGGGCUAAAUAUCCUAACACUUAAAUUGAACUUUGAUGACCCAUUAGAGGCUACACAAUUGCAUGGGGGAUGCGGUGCUUGGGGUUUGAUUUUCACUGGCUUGUUUGCCAAAGAGGAGUUUGUGAUUCAAGUCUAUGACUCAGUCGACACCGGCGUGGUUCGACCCCAUGGACUAUUCACGGGUGGGGGCUGGGAAUUGCUCGGUUGCCAAGUGAUCGAACUUUUGGUGAUAGCUAGCUGGGUAAGUGCAACAAUGGGACCCGUAUUCUAUGCUCUUCAUCGACUGAGGAUACUGAGAAUAUCAGUGGAUGAGGAAAUUGCAGGACUGGAUAUUUCCAGACAUGGCGGAUACGCUUACAAUGCUCAUCACGAUGAAGAUCAACCUCGCUUUUAUGCAGAUUAUUUGAGAAUGCAAGAUUAGUCAUAAGCUUAUAACCAUUGUAUCAAUCAUGUCAUUGUAUUUUAA